AUGGAGCCGAAUGCUCUUCUGCAGGCUGCUCUUGCGUGGCAUCGUGUGUUUGAGGACCGCCCACCAGAUGCGCAUCUAUGCUGCCCCAAGAUCGACGAAGAAGAUUUCGCGAACUACGACGAGCCCAAUGUUCCUGACGAAGGCGGGCUUUCAGCCGAAGAAAAGCAAGGCCGAAUCGAAGAAUACGAGAGCAGGUUUCAGAAUACCUAUGAUCUCAGCAUCCUAAUGGGCCUCGGCAGGGAGGUUGCCGGCGAAUGGCUGGACAAUUGGACACAGGCUGUCGAUGCCUGUCUCACGCGGUGCGACUCGUGCGUGAGAAACUGGCAUCGAACCCGUCAGCCAUACCUCAGCGGCUUGCACCUCGCACCGGAAAUGAUCGAUUACAUGCGGAUCAAGCUCGCCGAGUUUGACCAACUACGUAUCGACAAGGGCCUCCAGAACGCGAGGUCAAUUCUCGAGGCGAAGGGACCCAUGACGACGGCCAAGCUAGUUGAGCACGACAUGUCGGCUGUCAUCGCUCUUUUUGAGGCCCUCUGCAGUACCGAAUAUCUCGCCGGCCCUGGGAAUAAAGAAGCCUUCACCUACGUCUUCGAGAACACGCAGCAAAAACGGCCGCUGCGGAUGCAAGGAGGUCUCAUACCCACCAUGACCCACUUUCUCUUCGACGAACCUUCUACCCCUUAUAAACAAAAGUUUGCCGAGUGUGCUUGGGAGAAACGGGCGCUUGGGUCUAUCACGGAUCAGGAAUGGGACUGGGCUAUCUGCCCUCAUUUGAGCAGCGCGAUCCUGCGAGUGUCUCUGUCCAGAGGAAUGCCGACGCCGGACAAAAUUUGCAGGUUUUGGCAUGGGUUUUCCCUCAUCCUCUGGUCUCUGAGCGAGAAGCAGAUUAUCAACUCUCUCAGGGCGAUGGAGGUAUCGCCGAGCGUCUACUUUCUUGCCUUGGAGCACCUGGCCACUGAUUCCGACGAAGCCCUGGCCGUGGUUUUGAAGGGUCUUCGGGGGCUCAUGGAAAAGUCCUCAAGCGCGUUCUGGUCCGCGUUUGACCAAGUCACCCCCAGCCAACUCGUCGAGGAGAUUUUCAAGAGCCCCGCAUUCCGCCGCUUUCUGAACAAGUCACUGGCACCAGACAUGAUGGUUACUGAAGGGGACAAUCAACUACCGGCCCUGGCGGCUUGGAUGGGGGCAUUCAUACGGUCCUUGCCCACAAUACAGCGAUCGGACGUGUGCGAAUCAUUGCUGCGGCAUCUCUUCGACACAUUUCGUCGGGAUCCGGCCGCGGACCGGGCCGCCCAAGCGACCUGCACCCUUGCGGGUUUGGUUACUCUCAGGGAGUCGCUUGAUGGCUAUCUUCAUCAAGAAGCCCCGUUUGACACGGGCACUGCGCUCAUCAUGGUGAACCAGCUGCUCAACCGCGUCAUUCAGUACAGUGAUGUGAUUAUCACCGCCGCUGGUCUCAAACCCGGAGACACCUUCAACGUCGGCAUUUCUCAGGCGGCAAUGGGCAUUAUCCACUCCGCCCUAGCAUUGGAUGCCAGGGCGACGGAGAUUGAGUGGAAAGCGUUGACUACUGGGAUACCAGUACAGGAUGCUGUGAAUCGGGACUCUGGGGUGCUGUGGGAAUCCUUCCUCGAGAUGCUAUGGUAUGGGCAGCUUGGACACGCUGAGCUAGCGAAGGCCAUGCUGAUGGCUACACUGCGGCUUCGAAGCAUUGAGCGGUUCAUGCCUAAGCGCAAGGAGCAACUUAAGCCGGAGCAACAAAAGUUUAAUACAAGGUAUCAGCAGCAAACGACAGCAAUAGGGCGGAUGCUCGGCCGGCUUUCCGAUUUCAAGCAAGAGGACCUCGUCAAGUUUUGCUCGGAGCGUCAGAGCCCGACCAUCCACCCCAUCAUAUCGUCAUUGAUUCACGGCGAAGAUGCUAUUCGGGAGGCUGGCUUCGAACUGCUCAAGGCUAUCACUAGCGAGGGCCUGCCCUCUGAGGCGGUGGGCAAGAUGUUGGAGGACUAUUUCACCCCCUUCCUGAAUGCGUUCUCGGAAGCAGUGCAUAGCGUCACUGCGAAGAAUGGCACAACUAGCCCCUGGAGUCAUAUGCUGCCAAUCCUCAAGUGCAGCGAGUUCGUUCUAAACGGCCUUUGCGACCCUUCUUCGGGCCAGCUGAGGCGCAAAACCCUCACCUCGGAAGAACACGCUGCUGUCCAGCGGUGGUGGGAGUGUGCGUGGCAGGUCGUUGAUCACUCAUUCGUUAUGAUGAGGGUAUGGCACGAAAGGGUUGACAAGAAGAUCAUGGAGGACUUCUGCCGAGACGUCAUGGAGCUGGGCAACAAGCUGUUCGCCCAGGACGGAGUCAUGGCCUCGGCUCUGAGCCAGCAUAGCGGCGACGACGGCGGUCAGGCUAACGGGGAUGCGACGACGAAGGCUUUGAAAGCCGUCCUGGAACCCCCCAGGAGGUAUUCGUUCUCUCUUGCCGACAUGCUGCAGCUGAGAGACAAGUAUCUCAUCGCGGGCAUCAUUGAGGUGAUCAAGAAGCUUCUGGCAAGACUAAAACAGAACGACAUGGUCUUGCCCAACAAGGCUGUUGUGCACCUCCACAACAUGCUCCGGCGGAGGAAGCUCGCCGGUGGAAGACUAGACUACGCUCAGAAGACCAACUUGACCGAUGAGCAGCGAAUUGAGUUGCUCAAGGCCCUUGGGGAAGAUGCCGUGAUCGAGGAACAGUUUAUGGGGCCUAAACCUGGCGAGAGGGAGGCCAAAGAAAAGGAGCGGGCCAUGAAGCAGAGCAAGAUUGACUUCUCCAGGGGUGUUCCGAGCACUUCCACCAAAGGUCGGUUUGCCGAGAUCACCCCUAACUUCGAGAAACGCGGGUCUGCGCUGCUCGCUAAAUUGAAAGAGGAGGGCCCAAAGCCCAAACAGCCAACCAAGCUGGAUCAAAAAGCCGUCCUCGCAAAUCAAUCAUCGAUCAAAGAAGCCAGGGCCCGGGAAAAGGCCGAAAAGGCGAGGAGAGAUGCCGAGGCAAUUGCGAAAGCGAAAGCCUUGCGAGCGCCGCCCAAGACCGUCCCUGGCGAAGGUUCUGGCCUCCAAGGCAUCGCCGGUGUCCGGGGCAAGGAUCAUGCGCCGGUCGUCAAGGAUGAGAUCAUGGUUGGCUCGUCCUCGGAAGAGGAAGAUGACUCUGAAGACGAACGGAUAGCAUUAAAAGCGAAAGCGGGGAACAAGAACCUCACUGACACUGAGCGCCGCCGGUUGCUCAUGCUGGCCGAGAAACGGGGCCCCGUAAAGAAGGUCAAGCUCCAGCGGUCAGCAAAGGAUAUGCGAGCGCGCUUGAUCCCCCCCAUGGAUGUUCUCCACCAGGCAAUUCUGGAGUGGGAUAUUUUCCACGAAGGCAACGACCCCCCCAACGGCUACAGGUGCGAUCGCGUUUCGGACGACUAUUCGGAUCCCCACAGCUACAAGCAGACCUUCUUCCCUCUCCUCAUCAAUGAGGCCUGGCGAUCGUUUGUCACGUCCAAAGACGAGGCCACGUCCAAGCCUUUCGGUAUCAAGGUUCUUAACCGCAUGACGGUCGAUAAGUUUAUGGAAGUUACCGCCUCAGUUCCCGCCCAAAUCAGCAAAGACCGGGGUCUAUCUGAGGGAGACAUCGUCCUUGUCUCAAGAGGGGAAGAUCCGCUCAAUCAGCCGACGGAGUUGCAUUGCCUUUCUCGUAUCUGGAAAACCAGUUAUAAAAAGGACACCGUCGAAGUCGUCUACCGCCUCAAUGCCAGAGGCAACCAGAUUCUCCCGGCACUCCUUCCUGGCUCCGAGUUUAAUGUCGUCAAAAUCACCAACAUGACGACCAUUGAACGUGAAUAUGCGGCGUUGGAGAGUCUGCAAUAUUAUGACUUAAUGGACGAGGUGCUGAAGGCGCAGCCGUCCCCGAUGCUAACGUUCGGCAAUGAAGCGGUUAAGGGGGUCAUGGAGAAUUACCAACUCAACCCCGGCCAAGCUCGUGCUAUCCUGAAUGCUAAGGAGAACGAUGGCUUUACCUUGGUUCAGGGCCCACCAGGGACUGGUAAAACAAAAACCAUUGUCGCCAUGGUCGGCUGCCUCUUAACGGGAGUCCUGAAGUCGUCCAGCGGUGCAGUCCCCGUCGUGAGGCCCGGUGCCGCCUCCAUUAACCAGGCGCCUUCCAAGAAGUUGCUAGUCUGCGCGCCCAGCAACGCGGCUGUAGACGAACUGGUACUGCGGUUGAAGGCUGGUGUCAAGACGAUGAAUGGAGCGUCCCACAAAAUCGAGGUUAUACGCCUGGGUCGUACCGACGCCAUUAACGCUGCCGUCAAAGAUGUGACGCUUGAUGAAUUGGUCAAAGCCCGGAUGGAUAGCGCAAUGAAUAAUAGCGGCCCGAGUGAUCGCGAAAAACUACAUCAGGAGGCCGGUAUGCUUAAGGAGAAGAUCACUGAGCUGCGGCCUCAGCUCGAGGCCGCCCGGGCAAGUGGUGACCGCACGUUCAUUAUGAAGCUGCAACGGGAGUUUGAUGAUCUAAAGCACCGCCAGGCUCACGUUGGCGCCAAGAUCGACGCCAACAAGAGCAACGGAAACACGUUCGCGCGUGAGGUCGAGAUCAAGCGUCGGCAAAUCCAGCAAGAUAUCCUCGACAAAGCCCAGGUUCUCUGCGCCACGUUGAGCGGCAGCGGCCACGAGAUGUUCAAAAAUCUCAAUGUCGAGUUUGAAACGGUCAUCAUCGAUGAGGCUGCGCAGUGCGUGGAGCUGAGCGCUCUCAUCCCCUUGAAGUACGGCUGUUCCAAAUGCAUUCUCGUCGGAGAUCCCAAGCAACUACCCCCCACAGUGCUCUCACAAUCUGCUGCUCGGUACGGCUACGACCAGAGUUUGUUUGUGCGGAUGCAGAAGAACCAUGCUAAGGACGUUCAUCUGCUCGAUAUGCAAUACCGUAUGCACCCGGAGAUCAGCAAAUUCCCUAGCAAGGAAUUUUACGAAGGCUUGCUCCAAGACGGUGCGGAUAUGGGACAGCUUCGUAUGCAGCCGUGGCACCAGAGCGAACUUCUUGGCCCCUAUCGGUUCUUUGACGUCAAGGGCUCCCAGUCGCGGGGGCCGAGAAACCAGUCACUAGUCAAUGACGAAGAGCUGAAGGUUGCCAUGCAGCUCUACCAUCGAUUCCGCACUGACUACGGCAAUGUCGAGCUAAAGGGCAAGAUCGGCAUCAUCACUCCGUACAAGGCUCAGCUGUUUCGGCUGCGACAGCGGUUCGCCGAGAAGUAUGGCGACGGGAUCGCCGAGGAGAUCGAAUUCAACACCACGGACGCCUUCCAGGGCCGUGAGUGCGAGAUCAUCAUCUUCUCUUGUGUCCGAGCUAGCCCAACCGGCGGUAUCGGUUUCAUGACGGAUAUCCGUCGUAUGAACGUCGGCCUGACCCGCGCCAGGUCCUCGCUAUGGAUCCUGGGUGAUUCUCGCGCGCUGGUGCAGGGCGAGUUCUGGGGCAAACUCAUCGAGGACGCGAAGGAGCGCGAUCGCUACACAAGUGGCAAUGUCAUGACCCUGCUCGACCGACCGGGCCGACAAGUGCCCCUGCCGUUGCCUACUGCGUCGUCCUCUGAGUUAUCUCAGCCCCUCGGCCCCAUGGAGUUGAAAAACGACGUUGCCAUGACCGAUGCGCCCGAACCUCCCCAACAAUGGUCCGCUGCAACAAGAACGCAUAACCAGGAUGCAGUCCCAGCUGCUCCGACGCUCCCGUGCCAUGGUUCAGGCAUCGGUGGUCUCAAUGGGAAAGGGGAGAUUACAUCGAUGCUACCCAGGGGUGGAAACGCGCCCGUCAUUCAGUCCACCGCUGGCGCCGCAGGGAAAAAGCGGCCGCGGGAUGACGAGGACGGCCGCGCCGGCACAAAGAAGCCCAUCCAGGCGCACCCCGGCUCAGACCGAGGCCCCGUGAAGGCCCCAACAGGUCCCGGUAAGCACAAACAAGCAAAACCGCCAACUGAUCCCUCGGCGAUGGAAGUGCUGGGUUUGAUUCCUCCGUCGCGUGCGCCUGCCCAACCAUCCCAGCCGGCUCAACAACCACACAUCCGGCCGCCUGGUGGAACUAGGCCCAAUGGAGCUCCCAAUGCGCCAAAGGGACCGGUGACGAUGCCCAAGAAACCGGCUGCGGACCCGUUUAUUAGACGGAAGCCGGGCAAGCGUUAA